AUGGCUGAAUCUAGCUUUCCUUUACCUCCAGAUUCUAUCUGUCCACUGUGUGUGGAUGCAGUGAGAGACCCGGUCACCAUCCCCUGCGGUGACACGUACUGCCUGGAGUGCAUCAAGAUCUAUUGGGACCAGUUUGACCACAUGGGUGUGUACAACUGCCCCCAGUGCCGUGCGACUUUCACACCCCGGCCCGUGCUGAGACGUAAUCUACCAGACGUGAACCAUGAGCCACGACGACAGCUCCCUGAGCUGACCCCUUUUCCCUACAUGCACCGUGAGUCCUUCUGCGAUUUCUGCGUUGGCCGUCGCAACAGGGCUGUGAAGUCGUGUCUGAUGUGCCUGGCCUACUACUGCGAAACACACGUGAAGCCACAUUAUGAGUCGUCCACCUUCAAGAGGCACAAGCUGGUGGACGAGACAGGUCAUCUGGACAGGAAGAUCUGCCCCCAGCAUGAAAAAGGUCUGGAGCUGUUCUGUCGCUCAGACCAGAUGUGCAUCUGUGUGUUGUGUACUGUCAGAGAGCAUCGCAGCCACAAUAUCACCUCAGCAGAGGAGGAGCGCAUUGAAAAACAAAAAGUCUUAGUGGUCACCCAGUCUGAAGUCCAGCACAUCAUUCAGGAGAGGAUGAAGGAGCUGCAGGAGCUCAAACAUAAUGUGGAUGUUCUCAAAAGUAACGCCCAGAGAGCACAGGCAGAAAGCGAUAAGACGUUCCACGAGAUGCUGCAGGCAGUGGAGCGGUGGAAGGCUGAAAUCCAUCAGAUGAUCACGGCCAACAUGCAGGCAGCAAUGUCGCAGGCCGAAAGCUACGUAGACCGUCUGGAGCAGGAGAUUCAAGAGCUACAACGCAGGGAUGCAGAGCUAAGGCAGAUCCUGGAGACAGAGGACAACAUUCAUUUUCUUCAGAAUUUUCCCACCCUGUGUGUCCCUCCGGAGGCCAUGGUGCCCAAAGUGCUCAUCAACCCUCAAUUCUCCUUUGGAGAGAUGAGUAAAACAGCGAUGGAGAUGAAGGAACAUCUGGAUGACAUCUGUAAGAAGGAACUGGGCAAGAUCUCCAAGAUAGUGAGUGAAACCCCUGUGUACAUACUUUUGCCAAGAAAUGGAGACAAACGACUCAAGGUUCCUUCCAGAGUUGAUUUUCAGGAGCCAAAAACCAGGACAGACUUCUUAAGAUACUCCUGCAAGUUGUCCUUUGAUCCAAACACAGUGUAUAAAGAGCUGGUCCUAUCUGAUGGAAACCAGAGGGUGACACGUAAGAAGACCGUCCAGUUUUACCCAGAUCAUCCAGACCGCUUUGAUGGCUUCUCGCAGGUGCUGUGUAAGGAGCCUCUGACUGGUUUUAGAUUUUACUGGGAGGCAGAGUGGGGCGGGGAGUUUUCCAUUGGGGUUGCCUACAAGAGCAUCAGUCGAAAGGGAAAAAACUCCCACAGCCUGCUCGGCUACAACGACAAGUCCUGGAGCCUCCUGUGCUCGGACUCAGGUUACUCUGCCUGGCACAACAAAGUAGACCGUGAUCUCCCUGAUGCUCCCAGGGCCUCGAGGCUUGGUGUGUACCUGGAUUAUGCAGGCAACACUGUGGCCUUUUAUUCUGUAUCAGAGACUAUGGAGCUAAUCCACAGGUUCAAAGCUCAGUUUAGUGAGCCGCUGUAUGCAGGCUUUGGUGUGGGCUCUUCUGUCACUCUCUGCCAGCUGAAGCAGAAUUCAACACCUUACUAA